CUUCUCUGUGAGCCAUUCUUCGCUGAGGUAUGAGAGUGUGAACGGAAGUUCUCUGUUCUCUGCUUCUUUUCUUUUUUUGUUCUUGGUGCGUAACGACACGGUGGUAAGGUUGUCAGCAAAGAGGUGGGACCUCCGAGACACAUUUAGAGCAGUCAGCUGGACUCAGUGAGACAUUUCCUCAUGGAAUGAGUGAGAGGAAGAGCGCGCACAGCAGAACGCAGAGCGGAUAGAGCAGUGUGGACUCCUUGGACUGAUUCUGCUGUCAUGGAUUUAAAUGUCAAGACUCUGAACCAGCAACUGGUGCCGCACAAAGGCUUCAAGCUCAUCAACGGGACUCAUGAUCCAGAUGAUGUGGACCAGAUUUACAACCUGGAGAUCAGAGACUCUGACGUGUUCGUCGUUACAUACCCCAAAUCAGGGACCAUCUGGAUGCAGCAGAUCCUGCUGCUCUUUGAGGCAAAGGGGGACGUGACAGCCAUCAGUAAGCUCAACAACUACUCCAACGCUGACCUCAUUCCCUGGAUUGAAGUUAACGGCAACAGACAGGCAUUCAUCACAGCCCCAUCACCCAGACUGAGGGUCACCCAUCUGCAGCAGCACUUCAUGCCUGCUGCUCUCAGCCAGAGGAAAGGCAAGGUGAUCUACGUGGCAAGAAAUCCCAAAGAUGUCCUCGUAUCUUACUUCUACUUCCAUAAGGUUGCUAACAUGUUGGAAACUCCAAAGGACUUCGAUGACUUCUUUGAGAAAUUCAUGAGAGGAGACGUGUAUGGGUGCAGCUGGUUUGACCACAUUAAGACUUGGUACUCACACAAGGAUGAUAUGAACAUGCUGUUCAUCACUUACGAAGAAAUGAUUCAGGACCUGCACUCAGCUGUACAGAAGAUCUCUUUGUUCCUGGGUAAGGAGCUGACUGAUGAACAACUGGCCAAUGUGGUGAAACACAGCACUUUCAACAACAUGAAGAAGAUCCCUCAGGCCAACUACGAGCAGGUGCCAGGUGACUUGCUUAACCACCACCAGGGAACAUUCAUGAGAAAAGGCACCAUCGGUGACUGGAAGAAUCACUUCACCGUGGCCCAAAACGAGAGGUUCGAUGAGGUCUUCCAAAGAGAAAUGAAAGACUUUGCUCUGUCUUUUGUCUGGGACAUCAAGGACAUUGAGAACCAGCUGUUGGCCUUAUGACAACACAAAGAAGUCCCAGUUGAAGCUUAAUGAAUACUAUGCUUUAAUAAUUAAUCAAAGACCUGCAAAAGAUUCAAAAUGAUGCUAAAACAACUCCUCAUUUUCCUGACAACACACUCCAUAUUAGUCAGCUCAUCACACUGCAGAGUAUGGAUGUUUUUCAGUACAAAGCAGCUCUGCAGAUAUCAUCACCUGAUCAGGAACAUACCCACAUAUAUGUGAUCAGUUUGAUUUGAAGUAUUGGAGUUUGUAAAACUUCAUUCAUUAUUUCUAAAAAAUUACUAGAGAAAUAUUAGAAAUAGUAAUCAAUCAAUCAAUCAAUCAAUCAAUCAAUCGCUUUCAGUCAAUAAAUAGUGAAGUGUGCGAAAUGACUUGUUUAUGAUUGGAAACAAGGUUUAGGAUUUGUCCUUGAUUUGGGAGUUACCUGAAUCACUUGAGACUUGACUUUUGACCUCAAGGCCCUGACUUGAAGCUUAAUUGUGACCAUGACUUUGUUCCAGCUCUGCAACUGUUUUUAGCUUGAUAACUCUUAAGGAACAUUUAUUAACACUAUAUAUUUAUUAUUUAGUAUAUAAUGAAUAAUAAUUGAUAAAGCCAUGGAGAACAUGUUAAACUGUUGAGGAUGAAGGCUGAGUAUGUAAGGAAAAUAAUGUGCAAGCAGCUACUGAAACGAGUCUGAAGCGCUGACAUUUAGUCUGAUUAUCUGUCCUGUUUACCUUUUCUGUGAUCACAUGUUGCCUGAUGUCAAUGAUUAAAUAUUAUACAGGAAAAUUUCUUUUGUUACUGUUUGCCUUAAAUAAAACAUUGAUGCAUUUCA